AUGUCGGCACAGCUGUUUGACCGUGGCCCGAAGUGGAUCCGUGCAAUACUGAACCUAGAGGUACGUAUGGCCGAAUCUGCUCGGGGCGCCCCCGUCGCUCGGUUAGCUAAGCAAUCUGUGCCGGUUCCUAGCGACGACGAGAGCUCAGCAGUUCCGAAAAAAAUAACCACUCAUUUCGAUAUUCCCAGACUCCUAACCAACACGCAAUUCAGCUGCCCCUUCUACUUCACGCAACAGCCUCCGAAUACACCGCCCAAGAUGUCUUGGCUUGGAAUCCCCCCUUUCAAGAAAUUCCACACACCCAUCUUCCGGCCCCUCUGGCCUUUCUUCGCCGCCGGCCUCAUAGUCCUCUACGGCGUCAAUUCUGCGCAGACGGCUCUGAUGAACUCCGACGAGUGGAAGGACGAUCCGCGCCACCCGAAUGCGAGAGCGCGCGCGCAACACUACCCCCAACAGUACCGUCGCCCUCUACCAUCCCGGCCUACCGCCGAGGACCAGAUCCCGCACGCAAUGCCCGACACCCUGCCAACGUCGGGCGCCGCCGCCCGACCCUCCCCCGCCCCCGCUGCGCGCGAUGCCCGCGCAAAGCCGCACGGCGUCGCCCAGGGCAAGACGGAGCUGCGCAUCCUGAUGCUGCAUGGCUUCACGCAGUCGGGGCCGCUGUUCUCGUCCAAGACGAAGGGGCUCGCCAAGGUGCUGAACAAGGUGCUCGGCGCCGCGCCGGUCUCGCGGCAGCCGACGCUGCUGUUCCCGACGGGGCCGUGCCGUCUGCGGCCCUCCGACAUACCGGGCUACGUGCCGUCCGCGAACGCGAGCGACGACGACGACGAGAUCGACAGCUGGUGCUGGUUCCGCAAUAGCGAGGUCACCGGCACGUACCGCGGCCUCGACGUCGGCAUGAACGCCAUCGCCGCCGCCAUCCGCGACGCCGACGGCCCCGUCGACGGCGUCAUCGGCUUCAGCCAGGGCGGCGCCGUCGCCGCCCUCGUCGCCGCCGUCCUCGAGCACCCCCACCGCGAGGUCCCCGCCGCCGCCGCCGCCGGCGACGGCGGGGACUGGUCCUGGGUCUCCGCCCUCCGCGCCGCCAACCGCGGCCUGCCCCUCCGCUUCUGCGUCGUGUACUCCGGGUUCUACGCUCCGCCGCCGUCGCUGCGCUGGCUCUACGACCCGCCCAUCGUCACGCCGACCCUCCACUUCCUCGGCGGCCUCGACACCGUCGUCGACGAGGCCCGCUCCCGAGCCCUCGUCGCCUGCUGCCGCCGCCCCGUCGUCCUCGUCCACCCCGGUGGCCACUACGUCCCUGUCGCCCGCGAUUGGGCUGUCGCCCUUGCCGGCUGGCUCCGCCAGCGCUACGACGGCACCGCUGACGCCGAAGACGAAGAGGACUCUCAGGACACCGAUUGAGGCCGACGGCAAACGGGUCGGAUGAAGGGAAGCGAGCGAGUGCAGGAAGGAGGCUGAGGCUGAAUGGCGGAGCAGCGGAGACGGGAGAUAAAUGAACAUAUCACGAAAGAUAUCAUUGGUCGUGCUCGGGCAGCAGAGGGAAGGCGAGAUUUUGAUAUGCUCAUUAACGUAUGCACGAAUAUCAUAGACAGGUAGGUAGGUCAUCAUCAUAGCAAAUAGAGGAGACAUCAACACGUAGAAAGGGCAUUCCUAGGACGAUAUGGCGUCAUGCCGCCUCCUAAUCUACCUUAUUGUACAAUCAGCAUGCCUUUUUAUUUCGGAAUGCUAACCUGUCUGUUGGCCCCUUUUUCCCCUACCGAGGAAACCCAAAGCCGUCUAAGCUCCGAAAGCACUACCUUAGUCCCCCCCCCCCCCUGGUUAUAUCGACUUAUUCGUAGAAACGUCAUCACGCCUUCUUUUUGCCCUUCUUCUCCUUCGCCGCUCCGGGCUGGAUCCGCGCCAUC